AUUAGGCUAUGUGUUGUUGGAGAAAUUAUCAAAGCACUGAUCGGACAGAAAUGGGAAAAAUCGAAAGACAAAUUGUGAAUCUGAAAAGAAGUAGCUUCGGAUGUGAUCAGGGGUAACUUGGGGUAGUUUGGACUGAUUUAUUUGAGUUUAACAAGAAAAAAGUUGGCCCAGGAUGUAAUGUUGAAAGUCAGCUCAUUUUGUAUUUGGUCUUGUCAAAUGUUCUGCCAUUUUACCGAUAUACAUGCUUGAGUAACGUAUGCACCGAUAUCUGUUCACUUAACCUGUGACCAGCUCCAGGCCCGAGAACGUUCUUGUUUUUAUCGCAUGAUUUAAAUGACAUAACGUUUUUUUUUUUUACAGUAUGUUCACCUUUCAAUACCACACGGCCCUGCGAUAACGAUCUUUCAUUUUUCCCGUUGAAUGGAGUUUGCACAUCUGAUGCUGGUGUAAAUAUAAUUUAUCUAUAAACACAUAGAGUAUAAAAUCAAUACUGUAUGUAAUGUGACGAUGAAGAAGUGCUAUGAGAGAAAAUCUAAAUGAAUACUUUGCUCUGAUAUAUGAAUAGGAUUUUGUUAUUGCAUUAUGUAGAUCCUUGCCUUCAUCAACCGUGGAAAAAAACCCAGCAGUCCAACUUUAUCUCAUUUCCUUCCUGUCUUUUACGUUGUCAUUGUCCUGGUGGGUGGUUCCUUCCUGAGUUGCUAGCCCCUGACUCUAAGAUCUCCAUAACUUUAGUCAGCCAACAUUAUCAGAGUAUCUACAGCACGACAUCAUGGUCUGCUUGAAACUGACUACAUUUGAGCCAUUGAAGGCGGUGACAAUGACUAUUUUGAUGUCAGUGUUUAUUUUCCCAUCUAUUAAGCCAGGAUUUGCCAUGAAGCAGACUGUGGCCUGCAGGCCUUUUUGCACCGGGAGUGACUGCAUAACUGUAAACCGGGACAGAGUGGAUUUUCAAACAGCCGAGGAAGCGUGCCGCGACAGGAAGGGAGAACUGAUGACGUGUCAGUCCGAGACAGAUGAGAGCACACUUGACAUUUUGAGUCAAGAAUUGCAUGGAAACUUCUGGAUUGGACUGCAUUUACCAGCUGUCUCCUGCAGCAACCUUUCAGCUCCACUGAGAGGCUAUGAGUGGACGUCUGGUAGCAGGCACAGAAGCUUUAGUCCAGACUUCAGCCACUGGAAAGACAGCGUUAAAGUCUGCUCUCCACGCUGUGUGUCCCUUUCCAGGGAUCAGAAGUGGACCGAGAGGCUGUGCUCAGACAAAACCGAUGGCUUCCUGUGCAAAACGAAGCACAAAGAUGCAUGCCAGGCACGGGAAUUAUCAGACCCAAAUGUUAUCCAGGACUCUGAAGGCUGUUCAGGUGCUCCUUGUCAGCAAAUAUGCACAGAGAGUUGACUCCAUCAUGUUGGUGGAGGAGGGCUUUAAUAUGGUCAGCGUGGAUGCCAGCGACAAAAUGCUCAAGUAUGCACUGAAGUCGAGAUGGGAGAGAAGAAAAGAAGCAGCUUUUGACCAGUGGGUGAUUGAAGAGGCCAACUGGUUGACGCUAUCAGAGGAUAUUCAGAAACCAGGGCCCGGCUUUGAUGCCGUUAUCUGCCUUGGUAACUCAUUUGCCCACUUACCCGACUUUAAAGGGGACCAGAGUGACCAAAAGUUGGCCCUUCAGAAUAUUGCCAGUAUGGUCAGACCAGGAGGGAUCCUUAUCAUUGACCACCGUAAUUACGACUUCAUCCUCGAGACCGGCCGGGCCCCACAGGGCAAAAACAUCUACUAUAAGAGUGAUCUACCUCAGGACAUCUCCACUUCGGUGCUGUGGCUCGACAAUAAGCCCCACAUGAUCACUUUGGACUACACCAUCCACGUGCCAAAGGCCACCAUCCAAGACCUUCCUGAAGUCAGUAAAUUCCGUUUGUCCUACUACCCUCAUUGUCUGGAGAGCUUCACAGCUUUACUGAAGGGGGCCUUCAACGGCAAAAUGGAGCACAAUGUCUACGGAGAUUUCAAGACGUACGUCCCGGGCCAGUCUGAGGCCCCGUGCUACUUCAUCCAUGUCUGUAAGAAAACAGCCUAGGAGCCCCACCAACCAGCUUGCAACACACAAACACGUAGAAAAUAAUAGCCCUUAAUAUGCUCAUACUGUCGUCCAGAUUUGGGCAAAGUCAUAUAUGAAUAUGUUUGAAAAAGUAUUUUAUCUUAGAUCUUUGUAAACAAAUAAAGAAGAAAAAAUGUCUUAACAGUGAUUUUUUUUCUUCUCCCUAUGGUCUGGAAAGUUGUAAUUUAUAACUGUGUGCAAAAAUGUAAAGCUUUACGAGAAACAAUUGGUUGAUUCUGAUCCCUCUUUUGACUUAAAACCCAGCGAGUUCCUAAAAUGCUCAAAUAGUAACCGUCUUAAUGCCGAAAACACACCAGGCAGCUGUGAAAUAGUUCAUGUUUUCUGCGGCCCGGAGGCGUAUUUAUGUGUUUCAAUCGAGAAGAAAUCCUUUGUCACAUCGGGCGACACGUCACGGGACUGUUCACUGAUUGGCUGCGGGUAAACUCGGGCCACACUUGGCUUGUUUUCAGCACAAAAAAAAGCUCCAUGCAAGUUUGAAAACCAAUAUAUUCAAAAUGUGUUGGACCACUGUGUUGCUUCUGUUGUACCAAAGUGCUGCUUCUGCGUUUACCUUAUUUCCUCUUCCGCUGCCCGCCUCUCUAAACUGUGAAACCUUGAAAUAGUGCAUUUAUGUACAAAGUGAUGAGAUAUAUUCUUAGACAAUUGUAUUUUUUUAAGUUUACAACAAGGGUCUUAAAAACAAAGAUAAAGCAGCUGCUUCUUGUGAAUAGGGUAGUCGUUCUUUUGCUUGUGUUUUCGAGCUGGAAAAGGAAAAUACACGGAUCCUAAGGCCUACUGCCUUUCUUUAAGUUCAGGCAAAUCUGGCACAGCCUGAUGGCAGUUUUAAUUCAUUACUUUUACAGGGAGUCUCCCCCUGUCAGCCAUUAUUAAUCCCAUUGAGGAUUCAUCCAAAACCAGAGGGCAGAAUCAUUGUGGGAACACUCAUGAAGUCAAUGACUUUAAGGCGAGUGUACUAAGUUGGUACAAAAAUUAAAUAAAUGUAAACGGUUGCAUUACAGUAAUAAAACGGGAAACCCAACGGUCUUUUAAAAAUGUUAUCAACCAAAGAUAUUUGAAAAGUGUUAUCUUCUGCUCAAUCUUGGAAUGUUUUUUUUAACUUAAAUGUUAAAUAAUUGUGGUGCACAUAAAUAAUGGGGUUUACCCAAAAAAUAAGGGAAACGUGAUGGAAAGAAUAAUUUAUUUUCUGUAUUAUUCAGGUUAAAAUACAUUUGCUUUGAAAACCGAAUUUAAGAAUGAGAAAGGAGCUCCUCAUGUAGAACCAAAUGUACGAUACGCAGUAGUUUGUGAUUUGAGAUCAACAGCAGGUUCAGAAAGUGGUAAGAAUGACCACAUGUGUGAGUGUCGCUUUGGAUAUAGAGAUCAGAGUAUUUCACAACAGUCUUAUAUGUAUGCAAACAUUUUGUAAUGAACAACGACUAUUGGAAUUCUUUUGCAUGAAAUUAAAGACCAUUUUUAAAAUGA